AUGAAACGUCUCAAUGUGGGAAUCAUUGGAUGUGGUCCUAGUGGCCUGGUGACGCUAAAGGAAUUGAUUGAUGAAGGUCACACAGGGACCAUAUUUGAAAAGUUGAACUGCGUUGGUGGUAUAUUCAGAACGGUUUAUCAGCAAGGUUUCAUGGUAUCGUCUAACCCAGUAACAAUGUUUAGUGAUUUCGUUGGGGAGGAGGGUGAUAAAAUUUUGGAAAAGCCACGUAUGUUGAGUUUCUUAGAAUAUUCAAAAUACUUGGAUGAUUAUGCUGAACACUUUAAAUUAAAGCAAUACAUCAAAUUUGAAACGUGCGUCGAAUCAGUGUGGCGAGAUGUUUCAGUGCCCAACAAGUGGCACGUGCGCGUCAAAAAUGUGAAUCAGGAGGAACAAGUAUUUGUAUUUGAUCGAAUAGCAGUUUGUUCUGGUACUCAUCAAUUGCGCGCAAUGCCCGUCUUUGUUGGUCAAGAUCGGUUUCAAGGAAAGAUUAAACACAUGCAAGACGUCAAACUAUUCGAAGAAUUCACUGGUAAACGAGUAUGUGUGGUAGGGUCUGGCGAAGCAGCGAGUGAUACUACAACAUUCAGAAGUCACGUCAAAUAUUAG